AUGGAGGAGACAUCUAUCCAGCUACCGAACCGGAGUUUCGUCCCGACACUGGAAGUGAACAACCGUAUGAAGACCGACGAGCAGUCGUGGGCGAACGACGUCACCUCCGAGCCGGACUCGGACUCUGAUGAAGACGUCUCAGGAAAAUCUACAAAAUCUUUCGAGGCGCAGAGUAUCGAGUUCGUCAUCGAAAACGACCGCCGAUAUUGUAACGAAACCUACUUCAUGCCCAACGACGAGACCGAACAGACGCGCUUGAACAUUGUACACCAGAUCUAUCUGAUCCUGCUAGACGGCAAAUUGACCACGGUGCCCCUCGUGAAGCAUGCGCCUCGUAUACUGGACAUCGGGACCGGGACCGGCGACUGGGCCAUCGAGAUGAGCAGCAUGCACCCCAGCGCCACCAUCAUCGCCUCGGAUAUCGGCGUCUUCGAUAACGGCCUGGGCAAUGUUGACGUCCCCAAUAUCUUCUUCCAGCUCGACGACGCCCAGGGUGAAUGGACAUACCACGAGCCAUUCGACCUGAUCCACCUCCGCGGACUAUCCGGUGCAUUCGCCAACUGGCAAUCCGUCUACCAACAAGCCUUCCGACACCUGGGACCAGGAGGAUACAUCGAAAUCGCCGACGCCGACCCCGCCGCAGACACCCUGAACUUCCCCCACUCAGGAGACUCCUACCUCCGCAUCUUCGCCUCCGCCAUGCGAUCCGCAGCCGAGGCAUCCGGCUACCGCCGCGACCUCAGCCACCUACGGUCCAGCGCCCUCACCGCAGCCGGAUUCGCGGACGUCCGGGUCCAAGAGCGGACGAUCCCCAUCGGCCUGUGGCCCGACGAUCCCCGCGAGAAAACCCUAGGCAAGAUGGCCCUCAUCGCAGUGAUGGAGGGCCUCGAGGCCUACAGUCUGCGCCAGUUGACCGCCACGAAGAAGUGGACGGCCGACGCGGUCCGCGACCUCUGCGCGAAGGUCAGAGACGAGCUCAUGACCGCCCACCGCGUGACCACCCGCGUCCACAUCGUUACUGCGAGGAAGCCGUCUGCGCGCAAACAGGCUAAGGAGCGGAGGAAGAAUGAGGUGAUGCAGCGGUUGAUGCAGUCUGCUGGGCAGGAUUAG